GUGACGGAUUUUCUUUGGGGUGAUACUAGCAAGGAGGAGAAGAAGCUGAUUCGCAAGCUUGUUGAAGACCGGCAAGCCUUCGCGAACGCAUAUGUGGCCGGACUGAAAGAGGCCCUUGAACUUACUGGAAACCAGUACAAUGUCCUCCUCUCGAUGGCUUCGGCCGGCAUGCUGGUCGGCCAAAUCCCCAGCAGUCUCAUCAUCCAAAAGCUUCGACCCCGGAUAUGGCUUUCGGCUAUGGUAGUCGUGUGGGCCGGCCUCACCAUGGCCAGCGCCGCCUGCAAGACAUACUCUCAGCUCUGUGCUGUCCGCUUUCUAAUGGGAUUGGCUGAAGCAAGCACAUACGCUGGCUCCAUCUACAUCAUGGGCUCAUGGUACAAAUCUGAUGAGAUCGCGAGGCGAACUGCAAUGUUCACUGUCGCGGGUCAAGUCGGCAAGAUGUUUGCCGGUGCCAUGAUGGCGGCGAUCCACGAAUCGAUGGAGGGCCACGGAGGACUCCAAGGCUGGCAAUGGGUCUUUCUCAUAGACGGCAUCAUCACGGUGCCCACCGCACUCUUUGGAUACUUCUUUUUCCCUGACCUUCCGGAGAUUACCGAGGCACCCUAUCUUGAUGAGAAGGAACGCCAGCUAGCCCUUGAUCGGUUGCCGCCAAAGCGUGAGGAUGGGCACAACAUCGAGGCAUGGAGCCUUAUCAAGAGAGUGCUCGGCCAACCUUUGAUCUACAUCUGCUGCACUUUCUCGGUGCUUUCCACAGCUAUGCAAGCCUAUAUUGUGCAAGGUUUAAUGCUUCUUUACCUGAAGUAUCGCAAAGACAUGGAUGGUUUUAGCCAAUCCCAGGUCAACACCUUGCCAAUCGCUACGCAUGCUAUUGGUAUUGUUGCAGAACUCUCGUCGUCGUUAGCGAUCGAUCGAUAUAACCAGAGACUCACCAUCGGAUUCACUCUCUGCGCUAUUCAGAUUAUCUGCUCAAUUGUCCUACUGGUUCCAAACAUGUCUGUACCCGGAAACCUAACCGUUCUCUACCUCUCCUCAACGUCUUACGGUAUCAACCCUCUGUUGUACAGCUGGUCAAGUAAUAUCGUUGCCCGAACCGCCGAUGAUGCUGCCCGCAGUGUCAUCCUCGCUUCGAUGGCCGCUAGUGACGGGCUGCUGUGGACGUUUUGGGGCAUUGUCUUGUAUCCGGCUGACGACGCUCCGUAUUGGCGCAAGGGGUACAUUGCCAUGAUUUGUAUCAGCACAGCUCUUGCAAGCUGGCUUUUCGUUGUUCGUUGGCUCGAUGGGUACACGGCAAAAAAGUACUCUGGAGACUGUUCUGAUUCUUCGAAUCCUGUGGUUAUCGAGGUUGAUAACUCGGCCAAGUAG